GUGUUCAGGUGUUCCAAUCACCUUCAUGCCACAGGUGUAUAGAAUCAAGCGCCUAGGCAUGCAGACUGCUUCUACGAACAUUUGUGAAAGAAUGGGUCGCUCUCAGGAGCUCAGUGAAUUCAAGCGUGGUACCGUGAUAGCGUGGUACCAUGAUAGGUUGCCACCUGUGCAAUAAGUCCAUCCGUGAAAUCUCCUUGCUACUAAAUAUUCCGCAGUCAACUGUUAGUGGGAUUAUAACGAAGUGGAAGCAAUUGGGAACAGCACCAACUCAGCCACCAAGUGGUAGGCCAUGUAACAUGACAGAGUGGGGUGAAUGCAUGCUGAAGUGCACAGUGUGCAGAGGUCUCCAACGGUCUGCAGAGUCAAUAGCUAAAGACCUCCAAACUUCAUGUGGCCUUCAGAUUAGCACAACAACAGUGCGUAGAGAGCUUCAUGGAAUGGGUUUCCAUGGCCGAGCAGCUGCAUCCAAGCCUUACAUCACCAAGUGCAAUGCAAAGUGUUGGAUGCAGUGGUGUAAAGCACGCAGCCACUGGACUCUGGUUUGGCUGUUAGGAUAAUGGUACUUGCCUGACUGCAAUGUGGGCAAGUGUAAAGUUUGGCUGGAGGGGGGAUUAUGGUACUUAUGGUGGGGUUGUUCUUCAGGGGUUGGGCUUGGCCCCUUAGUUCCAGUAAAGG